GUGAGCUGAGGCGUUAGACACGAGUGUUACAUUCACGGAGUAAUACUAACUUUACAGGACUUUGGCUGCCAGUGAGAGCAUUAUAACAUGGUUCAAUAACAGCUGAGAAGGAGCGGGCUGGUGGAGGACUUUCCAUGAUUCCGCGGGGAAAAAAAACAUAAAAAACGUGGAUCCAGUGAAUCCAAAGUGAACAUUUGAGCGCGCAGACAGUAGUCGAAACAUCUGCGAGGAACCUAAAAACAACCGAAGAAUUCAUAUUUCGGACCAGGUUGGGUUAUUCUUACCGGAGUAAAUUUACCUGAGUCACCUGUUGGAGCGGAGCUGCUCUCUGUCAUCAGUCCAGCACUUUUCAAAAUCUGCAGUGGAUCAUCAAACCAUGGGUCUGACAAGUGCUCCAAAGGGAUGUGGUUCCAGUAUCAGCUCCAUAUACUACAACCUGUGUGACCUGACUACAGUUUGGGGAGUCGUGGUGGAGGCCAUUGCUGCUGCUGGUGUGGUGACUUCCUUUGUUCUGUUGCUCAUCCUCAUUUGCAGUUUACCGUUUGUGACACACAAGAAGAGAAAGGGCAUGGUGGCCCUGCAGGCCGGCAUUCUGGUCUUUACUCUGGGACUUUUUGGACUCACCUUUGCCUUCAUUGUGGGCCGGUACUCCACCAGCUGUUCUGCACGGAGGUUCCUCUUUGGCGUACUGUUCUCAGGCUGUCUGGCCUGCCUGGUGAUGCACGGGCUGUGGCUUGCCCUGCUGGCACGGAGAGGCCGGGGGCCUAGGAGCUGGAUGUUAUGCCUGGGAGCCCUGGGUCUGUGGAUGGUUGAGGUGAUCAUCAACACUGAGUGGCUCAUCAUCACUGUGGUCAGGAGCUCACCUGGCGGUGUCAUUGUCCCUGACCUGUCCUGCAUUAUUUCUAACCAGGACUUUGUGAUGGCUCUUAUCUAUGUGAUGGUUCUGCUGCUAGCUGUGGUGCUGAUGGCUGUGCCCUCGCUGACACACAAGCACAAGCAGUGGCGCCGAGAUGGAGCCUUCAUCCUGGUCACGGGGCUCUUCACUUUGGCUAUCUGGGUAGCUUGGAUCGUUAUGUACCUCCAUGGGAACAGAGUGGCCGGGAAUCCCAGCUGGGACGAUCCUACUCUGGCUGUGGCCGUCGUGUCAAAUGCCUGGGUGUUCCUUUUCCUCUACACCAUCCCAGAAAUCUGCCUACUCACCCAGGAGGACCCAGACCAGGAGCAGCCACUUGAUGGAGAUGAUGUUUAUCCUGCCAGGACCCUGGUGUACGACAACAUGCUGAAGGAGCCGGAGAAUGUGUACAUGGAUAAUAAAGCCUUCACUAUGGAUGAGCCUCCAGCAGUGUCUACAAAGCCAUUGUCUCCAUACGGUGCCUAUAACGGUCAGCCGCGAAGCUGUGUGUACCAGCCCACUGAAAUAGCCCUGAUUGCCAAGGGUCUGACCAAGAUGGACCAGGAUGUGAUACUGCCUCGAGCCAGAGCUCCCUCUCUGAUUCCAGGAAGUGGCAGCUCCGUGCCUCGUUUGGUUGAGUCCCUGCCAUCAUAGGGACUGUCACACACAGGCAGCGUGAGUCGAGGACACAUUGCACUGUCACCUUAACAUGAGGUUGUUACACCCCUGAAAUCUCAACCAGGGGUUUGUUUGUCUUCAGAGUUCCUUGUAUCAAAAUGUAACUUUUUCUUCUUUAGAAAGAAGCUUUAAAUAAUGAUAUAUCUUUUUUUUUGCUCUGA